AUGGUGCUGGCCGCAGCCAUGAGCCAGGACGCGGAUUCCAACGGCCCGGAGCAACCGGACAGAGAUGCCCGCAGCGUGCCGGGCUCCUCUGGAGCCGCGGCGCCUCCCGGCCCGCGAGGGAUGCAGCCGCCGCCGCCCCCGCCCCAAACAGGACUACCCCAGAUCAUCCAAAAUGCUGCCAAGCUCCUGGACAAGAACCCGUUCUCGGUCAGUAACGCAAACCCUCUGAUUCCAUCACCUGCCAGCCUCCAGCUGGCUCAACUGCAAGCCCAGCUCACCCUCCACCGGCUAAAGUUGGCACAGACGGCUGUCACGAACAACACUGCAGCCGCCACGGUCCUGAACCAAGUCCUCUCCAAAGUGGCCAUGUCCCAGCCUCUCUUCAACCAGCUGAGGCACCCGUCUGUGAUCAGCGCCCCCCAUGGCCCUACAGGGGUGCCCCAACAUGCCGCAACCAUCCCCAAUGCCCGUUUUCCCUCUAAUGCAAUUGCCUUCUCACCCCCCGCCCAGACCCGAGGUCCAGGACCCUCCGUGAGCCUUCCCAGCCAGCCCCCCGGUGCCAUGGUGAUGCACCCUUUCAGUGGGGUGAUACCCCCCACCCCUGCUCAGCCAGCUGUCAUCUUGGGCAUCAGCAAGUCUGGGCCUGCCCCUGCCACGGCGGGGUUCUACGAGUAUGGUAAAGCCAACUCUGGCCAGGUGUAUGGUUCUGAAACAGAUGGUCAGCACAGCUUCCUGCCGCUCUCGGCCCCUCCCUCGGGCAGUAUGAACUACGAAGGACACUAUGGCCACACGGCACAAGAAGGCCAAGCUGCCUUCCCCAAAGACCUUUAUGGACCCAACUCCCAAGGGUCACAUGUGGCAGGCGGAUUUCCAGCCGAGCAGGCCGGGGGCCUGAAAGGUGAAGUGGGCCCACUGCUGCAGGGGACAAACAGCCAGUGGGAGAGCCCCCAUGGGUUCUCUGGCCAAAGCAAGCCUGAUCUCCCCGCAGGCCCCAAUCUGUGGCCUCCGCCCCCCAGCCAGCCUUAUGAGCUGUACAACCCUGAGGAGCCCACGCCAGACAGGACCCCUCCAAACCUGGGGGGCCGGCUUAUCAACAACAAACAGGGUUUCGGCGGUGCCCGGCGGCGGGCCCAGGAGGAGCAGGCGAUCCUGUCCACGCGACCUCUGCAGGCCCACGAGCUGAAUGACCUCCAUGGGGUGGCCCCCCUCCACCUGCCACACAUCUGUAGCAUCUGCAACAAGAAGGUGUUUGAUUUGAAGGACUGGGAGCUGCAUGUGAAAGGGAAACUGCAUGCUCAGAAAUGCCUGGUUUUCUCUGAAAACGCUGGUGUCCGCUGUGUUCUCGCGUCCGCGGAGGGGCCGCUGUGCGCCUCCCCCAGCAGCGCGGCUGUGUAUAACCCCGCCGGGAGCGACGAUUAUGCCUCGAGUCUCGGAACUUCAUAUGCGGCCAUUCCAGCCAGGUCAUUUGCUCAGUCAAGCCCUGCAUUCCCUUCCACUUCCCCCGGGACAAAUUUUGCACAGCGGAAAGUGGGUGCUGGCCGUGUGUUGCACAUCUGCAAUCUCCCCGAAGGAAGCUGCACUGAGAAUGAUGUCAUUAACCUGGGGCUGCCCUUUGGAAAGGUCACCAAUUACAUCCUCAUGAAAUCCACUAACCAGGCUUUUUUAGAGAUGGCUUACACAGAAGCUGCCCAGGCCAUGGUCCAGUAUUACCAAGAAAAAUCUGCUGUGAUCAAUGGUGAGAAGUUGCUCAUCCGGAUGUCCAAGAGAUACAAGGAAUUGCAGCUGAAGAAACCAGGGAAAACCGUGGCUGCCAUCAUCCAGGACAUCCAUUCCCAGCGGGAGAGGGACAUGUUCCGGGAAGCGGACAGACAUGGCCCGGAGAGGCCGCGGUCUCGCAGUCCGGUGAGCAGGUCGCUCUCCCCUCACUCCCACACCCCGAGCUUCACCUCCUGCAGCUCUUCCCACAGCCCCCCAGGCCCUUCCCGGGCCGACUGGGGCAAUGGCCGGGACUCGUGGGAGCGCUCUCCCUACGCCCGGCGGGAGGACGAGCGCGACCUGGGCCCCUGGAGGGAGAACGGGGAGGACAAGAGGGACCGGGCGGACGCGUGGGUCCACGAUCGCAAACACUGCCCCCGGCAGCUGGACAAAGCCGAGGUAGAGGAGCGUCUCGAAGGAGGGAGGGGCCACCGAGAAAAGUACCCCAGGUCUGGGUCCCCCAGCCCACUUCACUCUGCGUCCAGCUACAAAAGCCGGGAAGACGGCUGCUACCGGAAGGAGCCCAGAGCCAAGUCGGACAAGUAUCUAAAGCAGCCGCAGGAUGCCCCUGGGCGGUCCAGGAGGUUGCGGGAAAGCAGACACCCUCACCCCGAGGAUGCAGGCAAGGACAACGGGCUGGAGCUGAAAGUCACCAGGAUCCCUGAGAACGCCAAGUCCAAGCAGAGUGAGAAAAAUAAAACCAAGAGAACUGACCGAGACCAAAAAGGAGCCGAAGAUAGAAAAGAAAGCAAAACAGCAGAGAAUGAGGCUGAAAAGGAGGAACAGGAGAGCAUGGAAGAAAGCCCCCAGUCAGCAGGCAGGCAGGAGAAAAAAACAGAGUCCUCUGAUGCGGAAAACAGAGGGAAAAAGAAGGAGCAAGGCUGGGACAGCGGAAGUGAGGCCGAAGGGGAGAGCUGGUAUCCCACCAACAUGGAGGAGCUGGUCACGGUGGAUGAGGUGGGGGAAGAAGAAGACUUUAUCAUGGAACCAGACAUCCCAGAGCUGGAAGAAAUUGUGCCCAUUGACCAGAAAGAUGAACCCAGCCCAGAAAUAUGCCCCCUUGUGAUGACCACCUUAGAUCUGGACUUGGGCAAGGAUUUCACCAGUGAAGGAAUCAAGACCAUAGACAACGGGGCUGCGGAAAGCAGCUUGCAGUCAGUCAGAGAGCUGCCUUCUGCUUCCAGGAGCUGUCCCAGUGACAUGGACAUGGACAUGGAAACACCAGGCCUAAAUCUGGCUGCCGAGCGGAAGCCAGCUGAAAGCGAGACAGGCCACUCACCGGAGGCUUCAGAUUGCCACGAGAAGGAGGCAAAGGAAGCAGAGAGCUCAGAUGUUCAUCUGGACCCCACAGUCCCACAAAUGUCUUCCCCCGAGCCAGCAGAGGAGCAAGCCCGGCAGCCUAGCCCAUUUCUCCAUGAAUGCAAGGCCAGUGAGACCCCCGAAGAUGGGACUCAUGCAGGCAGCCCUCUGGAGGAUAAAGUCAGCCCGCUUUCCGAAACCGACCUCCAAAGCCAGCCUUGCCAAGGAGUGCUGGCCCAGGAAAACUCCAGGUACCUGGAAAUCAAAUCCCUGGGCAUGAGGUCACCAGAAUACACUGAAGUGGAGCUGAAACAGCCCCUUUCUUUGCCUUCCUGGGAACCAGAGGAUGUGUUCAGUGAACUCAGCAUUCCUCUAGGGGUGGAGUUCGUGGUACCCAGGACCGGGUUUUAUUGCAAGCUGUGUGGGCUGUUCUACACAAGCGAGGAGAUGGCAAAGAUGAGUCACUGUCGCAGUGCUGUCCACUACAGGAACCUCCAGAGGUACCUGUCCCAGCUGGCAGAGGAGGGCCUGAAGGAGACUGAGGGCACAGGCAGCCCCAGGCCCGAGGACAGCGGACUCGUGCCACACUUUGAGCGGAAAAAGCUCUGAUGCCCCUGCCACUGCUGGAAGGUGGGAGCAAGGGCCUCCUGAGGCGGGGCCUUCCCGACUGCCCCUCCGGGACGGGGACUGAAGCCCGCGAAGAAGGAAGAUGCAGUAAGCAAGACACGUUCCUUGGUUUGUCCUCAGAGACUCAUUAAAGUGCCCUGGAGUGUCUCCAGGUGCCUUGUCGCCCAGGCCUGUCUGGGGCCCUGAGGGUUGCCGACCCUCUGCCUGUCCCCUGAUGACCGCUUUCCAACAGUUUCCAUUUACUUCUCUCCCUCCCACCCCCUCCUGCUCUUCUUUCUUCUGUGCCAAGGGUCCUUUCCUUUGCAUAAAAUCCAACUUCUCAGGGAUUUUCUCAGUAUUUAAAUUCUUGGUAGGAUGUAACAGGUCAGGCUAGUCUGGGUCAUCCAAAAAGAUGUAACGGAAACGCCUGGGUAACGAGAGCACCUCCAGGGGUCUGCAACCGUUUCUCUGCCUGACAUCCUUUCCGCUGGAGAGCUAAGCCGGGGUCCUGCCCUCUGGGAGAAGGGGCAUCUUGGGGAGUCAGUUGGCAGAACUGGUUGCUUGGUUAGCCUCUUCCUUCCACCUUUUAGAAAAGCCCGCUUUUUAAUAACUCUUUCAUCCUCUCAGUUAUUCUGGAAAUCUGCCAGACUUACGCCUUAAAGUAAAGUUAAGUGAAUUUUAAGGAGGGGGAAAAGAGCCCUUCAUUUCGAAAGCUCUAAUCAGCUUCCUCCAAAUUAGUACCCCCCUCCCCCCUUGGUUUCAGCAAAUGUGAGGGUUUGUGCUAUUCUGGACUCACUUUAAUUAAAAAUGAAAACUGAAGCUGCUUCUCCCUCCAGCUAAGACAAGCGGUGGGUAUGGGCUUGGAUGGAAGCCUCCUGCCAUGUGAGACACUGGCUCGAGAAGCAUUAAAACUAGGCACCUGUCCCUGCCUCGCCCUUGGCACUUACACUUUGGGGUCCAGGACUCUUGCAGGGCGGAUGGUUCUCAAGCGGCCCCUCUUGGGGAGAGGGGAGCUAGGGAGACAGAAGGCCACAGGACUGCAGGGCAGCAUUUGAGGCGUGCUGGGUGUUUGCAGGUAGGUCCUUCCCAAUGUGAGAAAGAGGGUUAGGGCCCCUCGGGUUUGUCCCCUGAGGAACGGAGCCCUUGUUUUCCCCCAGGGCGCUUUCAGAGGAGAGAGGUCAGUGCCUCGGGCCCCAGGUGGCCGCAGCGUCUCUAGCCUGAUGGUGCAUUGGAAAUGUUUUGGGGACAAAGGUGCUCGGGGAAACGGGGUCUGCCACAGCCAGAGAGAAGACCUCGGGAAGGCCAGAGAGGAGCCUGGUGCUGUCUGCACAAGCUAAGAUCAUCCCCGGGAGACGCCCUCCAAGGCUGAGUCCAGGCAGGUGGAACAAGGAACCGUGUCACUUUCCUCUGAGCAGUUCCAGUUGUUUCUCUUUCUGACCACAGGCAGAUACACAGGGAAGGGCUGUUUGUUGUCUUUUCUUUUCGUGGUGGAUAAGAGUAUACUGCACAUUCUGUCCUCUGCACAAAUGGAAAAAGGUAGAAAGUUUCUAGUUCACCUAGAUGACAUCUGAUGAAGAAACUGAGGCACAGAAAGGAAAGAAAUGUAGACCAUAAGAUAACCAUGUGUAAACCUGUGACAAAAGGUAACUGGCAAGGAGCAAACUAUUGGGGACCUGUGAGAGAGAAGAGUUAAGGCAAGUACCAGAGAAAAACAGACCAUUUGGACGUGUGUGGAAGGAGAGUCUGGAAGAAGCAGGGAACCUUAGCUCCUCAUCACGCAGUUCGGGGGACUCAGAAAGGUUGGUAUCUCAAGGGGAAUAUGUUUGAAGAUUGUAGCAUGGCCCAGACCUGCUCCCCUGGCUGACACCAAGGUUUCAACCCAGUGUCUGGACACCCUCGCUGCCUUCUCCUUUUCUUGGAAAGUCUUUGACCCCUAUGUGUCUUUCUUUCCACUGGAGGGAAGUCAGGGGGCAGGUCUCUGGCCUCCUCUCUGAACCUUGCUGGGAAAAGCCUACAGCCUCUAUCAGAGGCCGGAAUGACAUUUUCAGAGAGGCUGGCAGCCUUAUCCCCCAGCAAAGUGGGAGAGGACCUCGGCAGCUCAUCCCCCUAGCAGCGUUUCCACGGAAGUCAGGAUGGCUGUUCAAACAGUUGUGAUCCUGAGUAAUCCACGAUGGCUGCCUAGCGGGUAGACCUCGCUCCAUAUCAGAAAGCUGGAGCAAGCCCUGGGAUGGAAACAGGCGAGGCUCUCUCUCUGCGUUCAAUCAGAAUCUUGUUUUAAAAUCAUCUAAGAUUCAAUAUUUGUAUGUAUAUAUAUUUAUUUUUAUUUAUUUUUAUACAAUUCCAUUGGCACGGUCCUCCACCAACAUUAUAAUUUGCACUUUUUAUUCCUAUCGUGUCACACACAAUGCAGUAUUAAAUUGAUUUUUUUUUAAAGAAAGCUUUUCUUCAGUGUUUGUCAACCACUUUAUAGUGUCUCCCCUAAAAGGAUACUCAAGAGCAGAUAAUACCUUGAGCAACAGAUCCAUUUGUAACUUUCUUUUUAUUGUAAACACCUGAAAUAAAGCAUAUCCAGACAGUGUUCCCGAAGAAUUUGGUAAAUUUGAUAUUGGUUUGAGCAGCAGCUAUUAGUAUCAGGGUUUCCCAUUCUUGGACAGUCCGAGGCUGUGAUCCGUCAGAUAAUACAUGAACUGGACCAGAGUUUGUUUUUUCCGGCUUAUAAGAAAAAGAAAAACAGUAGUUAAUUUGUUUGAACUCAUAAAGUAUUGGAAUUUGUUGAGUGUCCUUUAAAUUGUUGCCACUUUUCCUGAUCUGUAUAGCUGAC